AUGGCCUCCCUGCAUGGAGGAGUCUUGCAGAUCUACCACAAAGUGUUCCAAUGUUGUCAGCUAAUUAAACAUGAAUUCCUUCCAGCUAAGGAUGUCCUGUGAUUCUAUGUCCUAAGGUCUGUCUUGGGUACACAACCACAUCUUCCAUGUUGUAUUCCAGGAGCCCAAGCACUUCUCUUCUCCCUGCCAUCUACUCAAGCUUCAACCAGAAGGUGGUUGUGCCUCUUUGCUAUACUAAAAUUCAGCAGCACUGAAAGAAGUCUGCCUCCUCUGUGCUCCUUCCCAUAGAAGCCAAAAGUUACCUGAUGCUGCUCCCCCUCCAUUUCCUCAUUCUUGCUUGGGUGCAAGCGCUCUCUGCUUUUUGGACCUUGCUUGGCCUUGUGGUCAGCUCCCAUCAGCAUCCAGCGUGUCUCCAUCGAAACUUCCGUGUCUGCUUUUUGCAAUCAGACAGUUUGAGGCCUUCAGAAAUGCUUUGCUUACAAGAAGCUCCUGGCUCAGGAAGUCUGGUCUGAACCAGAAAAUCCACCAUGAGGUUCAGAAGGAGGCAUGUCCUUAGUCUCACUCUGGAUCCCUGCACAGACCCUUCGCACAGUGGACUCAGUAGCACUUUUCAGCCAAACAAGGAAAUGAGUCACAGAAGGCUGACAGGACUUGCCCAGCUUCAGCAUUCAGGCAGUGGCAGGAGUAAGCCCCAAGCAACCCCUUGAUAAGCUGUUCAUUCAUUGCUGCCCUUUUGUUCUUUAGUAAAUGAUCAACAGGUGAAGACAUGAGCCUGGUUAGCCUUGAAGAGAUUGUAAAGUCAUGAAUCUUGAUAAAAGGCAGCACUUUUACUGCUGCUUACACAGUGGAUUAAACAUGGUAAAUAUAACUGUGCUAUGCCCAUUUCUCAGCCUAACAAACAACUUCGUAAUUGCCCUUUGUGCAAACAACUGCAUGGGUGUGAACAGAAUCGAGCUUUCAGCCACUGAUAGUGUGGAAGGUGAGGUCAUGUCCUGAAUCCAUGCAGCAUGAUUAGGCAGAAAUUGCCCGCGUGAGACUUGGGGAGGGCAACGCUUUUGACAAGGCUCCAUGGCCAGCACAGCAAGGAGGGUCGUUGUCUUCUACAAAUGGCAUGUAUCAGCUAAUAGAGUGGUGGUCUGUGGCCGUGAAAAGGUAGUGAAAAUACAGAGAAAAGGCCAAGGAAAAGAACUAUGGGGGCUAGAAAGCCAGUCCAGCAGUUUGGGAGGUGUGCUGAAGCAGAGAGAAUGAACAGCACUCAAUGAGAGACCAGCCUCAGACAGAACUCAUAGGGAGAGACAGCUGGAAGGCUCAGAGGUUCAAAGCGGUGCUGAGACAGAGCAAUGUUGCACCAAGAAGCUGAAAGUGUGGCCUUGGUGGGCUAGCACAGCAGGAACAGAUCAUAUCACAAUGGUGCAGAAAGUUGUGUGGGGCCACAGGGAGGAUGUGUCAUGAAAUAAAAGCAACAGACAGCAGAAAGGAAAGGGGAAAUGUGUUGCCUAGGUCACAACGUCUUCAUAAGUGCAUGAAAUGGGAGUGCUUAACGUGAUGAUAUUGUACCUGCAGAGUCUGGUGAAGAGCAGCAGCAGAACUUAACAAAUAAGUGAGCAGGGAAGUUUUCCCCCCAGGCCCAGAGGCAGAACCAUUGGGUAUGGCCUGAUGGCAAACACUGCAUGCCAUUUCUGUGCCGGACAGGAGGCAGAUUUGUGUGCAGUUCUGACAUCUGAGCUGGGCUGUGUCUCCUGCUGAGAUGUGGUGGUAGGGUGUGAGCCAAAUUCAGCUCUCUCACAGGCGUGUGCAUGGAAAUGUUCUUUCAAAGCCAUGACAGCAGAAGCUUUAAAAUGUUUUGUGUAAAAUUCUUUCUAACAGUCCUGGCAACAAACUGAUGGCCACCAGUGACGUAUUUAUCAGCAGUGGGAUCCACAUCUAGAUGAGGAGCAUGUUGAUAUGACAAAACACACUGAUCUGUCCUGUUCUGGAUGAAGAAGUACUGUGAUAGCCCAAGGCAGCGCAGGGGAGAGCCUGGUGACAGCAGGCAUGGAGCAGAAGACAGUUUUUCAUGGAGCUGUGCCAUCAGGCCUCAGGUCAGUGCCCAAAUGUGGGCACUGGCAGACGGUGGGUGGGAGAGGAGUGAAGCAGGCAGGACUACCUGCUCUGGUGGCUCCACAGUGAUCUUAAGACUGGCCAGGCAUGCAGAGGGGUCAGCAGGAUGUACGGCUGAGCACAGCAGGGCUUUGGAGCAGUUCUGGCAGCCCGGAUGGGGGGAAGAUGCUCUGCUUGACUCUACCGCCAAGACAACGCAAUGGGAGAAGCCAAUAUACCUGCACUGUUCAGUGACUACAGCACUGCUCAUCAGCCCGUCAGCCUGUGCCCCUGCCUUUGGACUCAGUGCUCCAAAGAACAACUCUGCCAAUGGAAACACUGGACAUGGGGCAUUUGCUUGGAAGAAAGGAGAGCAGAGAACACCAACUUGUGGCCAUCUGAGCAACAAUCUGACUGCGACAGACAGGGAAAGGGGAAGGGAUCACCUCAGACUGGUUGAUGCAUGGCUGCGAUCUGCUACACCCAUCUGGCUUGAGAUGCAGGAGCAGCAGCUCAGUGGAAGUCCUGCAGACCCACGGGGCAUCGUGUCUCCUUCCCACUUGCUGCUUCCACUGUCUGCACACAGCAAAGCUUCUCCUGGCCACGGCUGCUGCUGGCUUCUGGUUUAGGAGGUCAGGAAUCACCAGACAGCCAAAUUGUCCUUAAAAUACAAACAGACUUUGACCCUUUAGUAAGGCUGGAUCCCAGCCAAGAGCAUUUUCCUGGAGAGUUCUGAGCAGGUUGGAUUGUACCCAGAAGCGAGGGUUUGCGCAAACUCUGUGUGAGUACGCUAUAAGUCCAGCAAGCUAUAAGAAGCAUUUGGGCACUGAGCAAACAACGUGCGCUGAGCAGAAGCAGGAGAAGCAACAUGGGAGAGCUGCGUGUCCGCUCCGCUCUGGUGACUGGGGCCAACCGGGGAAUCGGCCUGGGCUUUGUCCAGCACCUGCUGGCAUUGCCAAACCCACCUGAGUGGGUCUUUGCAGGCUGCCGGGACCCCAAGGGACAGCGAGCGCAGGAGCUGCAGAAAUUGGCCUCCAAGCACCCCAACCUGGUCAUCGUCCCGCUCGAAGUCACCGAUCCCGCCAGCAUCAAGGCGGCCGCAGCCAGCGUCGGGGAGCGCCUCAAGGGCUCGGGGCUGAACCUCCUCAUCAACAACGCUGGGAUCGUAAAGGCAAACAAGCUUGACAAUGAAACACUGAAGGACAUGGCCGAGGUGUACAUGACCAACACCACUGCACCUCUGCUGCUCAGCCAGGCGCUUCUGCCACUGCUGAAGAAGGCAGCCCAGGGGAGCCCAGGCUCAGGGAUGAACUGCAGCAAGGCAGCCAUCGUCAACAUUUCCAGUAAUGGGGGUUCAAUCAAAGAAGUCUACUUAUGGGAAGGCAUACAAGCUGUCAAUUAUCGCUGCAGCAAGGCUGCCCUGAACAUGCUCACCAGGUGCCAGUCCAUGGGGUACCGCGAACACGGCAUCUUCACUGUUGCUUUCCAUCCUGGCUGGGUGCAAACGGACUUGGGACGUGAAGGGGGAGCUGAGCCCCCGCUGACGGUGGACGCGAGCGCAGCAGGGAUGCUGAAGGUGCUCUCCAAGCUCUCCGAGAAGGACAGCGGGUCCUUCCGGGACUGGGAAGGGAACGUUGUGGCCUGGUGAGGUGCUGGCCCGGCCUCGUGCCUGGAUCCUGGCAGUUUCCCCUCCGCUGCUGCCUGAUCUCUGCUAAGUCCUCAGUAAAACCAUAUCUGACAACA